GACAGGCCUAUGGUCAGCCUACUCGCCUACGAGAUCGCAGGAGAGUGGGCAGCUUCUGGUGCGAAAGACGCCCGAGACACAGCGGGCUUUGCUACUGGCAACGCUGCUGGCUGUCCGGCCAGACGUCUUUGUGGAGGCAAUCUAUGCGGAGCAGGGGCAGCUGAUGUGCGGGUAUGGUGACAAGGAUGUCUACCAACUGGCCUUCCGGAUGCUGGGUGUAGAUUUCCGCAUGAUGGGCUCGGCUGUUCCCAGUGUACUCGUCACAACUACCGGUGACUACGCAGGACUUGUUCAGCUGGACAGUAGCGGCCAGUCUUUUUUUGCCCACGUGUCCCAGGCCAAAGACCGUCUCUGGCAGCUCCUUGAGGCCGAUGCUCUGCAGCGCUGCGAUUUCCACGAGGAUCAG